UCCAUCCGUUCACCUUUUCUGCGUUGCACAAAGGCACGGUGGUUGGAACCAAAGAUCUCACAUUUGGACUCAUCAGACCAAAGCACAGAUUUCCACUGGUCUAAUGUCCAUUCCUUGUGUUCUUUAGCCCAAACAAGUCUCUUCUGCUUGUUGCCUGUCCUUAGCAGUGGUUUCCUAGCAGCUAUUCUACCAUGAAGGCCUGAUUCACACAGUCUCCUCUUAACAGUUGUUCUAGAGAUGUGUCUGCUGCUAGAACUCUGUGUGGCAUUGACCUGGUCUCUAAUCUGAGCUGCUGUUAACCUGCGAUUUCUGAGGCUGGUGACUCGGAUGAACUUAUCCUCCGCAGCAGAGGUGACUCUUGGUCUUCCUUUCCUGGAGUGGUCCGCAUGUGAGCCAGUUUCUUUUUGCUGGAAGUUGGAGUUUUGCAGAAGGCUGUCCGGGCAUGCUGGGAGUUGGAGUUUUGCAACAGCUGGAUACACACUUGUUUGGGAAACACUGAUCUAGUGCACUACUUCAUCUAGUUAGCAAGAGGAGAAAGCACAGAGGAUCAGAAUCCGCUGUCAUAGUGAGGAGACGUCUGGGCAUCAAGUUCUGCAGAGAGAGCAUUUAGCUGGAACAAGUCCCGUGGGUUCUGAACAAUCAAUAUGGAUCAAGAUGACUUGAAUGCAACAGAUGGUGUGCUAGGACAGCAUGCAGAAACACCCAAAUUCAGCAAUUUUGGCAGCAGACCAAGUGCAAAAUUUAUCUACAAUCAGAGAAAACAAUAUGCUCAAUCUUUGUCCAAGACUGACGGCAACUUUUAUCAUCGGGUAGAGCACCUGAUGACAUGUGAACUUGAUGAUCGCCUACAAAAUGCUCAAGAUUGCUUAAAGCAUCUGCACACAUUAGAUGCAGAGGGGAAAGUUUGGGGACAGGAAAUGAUUCUCCAGGUACAAAAUAAAGAACUGAUAUUGACAGAUCUGGAAUCUCAGGACAGCUUGGAAAGUAUCCCAUUUCAGAAUAUAAAAAGCUGCUAUUCAGUGUUGGGGAGCCAUCCUUACAAUUCUCUUCUUGAGAUUACUGUUCAGAGUCAAGAAGAUACAAGUAUUUUGCUCUUUCAGUCUGAUGAGCAUCCAGCUAACAUCCUGCAAAGAAAUCUGGAGAAGAUUUUGUCUCAAUGGAAAGAAGACCAGCAGAAGAAAGAAAGCUUGAAAAAUAAACUACAGAGUACCCUCAUUCAGAAUCAAUUCACUGAAGAGAGUUAUUACCCACAAUCCAUGGACAGCUCAAAGUCAGGAUAUUCACGGAGACAAACACCCCAGAAUUCUCCUGUUUACCAAAGAAGGCAUGAUUCUGAUCCCAUAACCUUUCAGCCACCAACAAUACCGUCUCACAAGGCAGACACAGGGCGUGACAUUGAAGUCUUGAACCAUGUGCUUGCUGAUAUUGAGAUAUUUGUUCAAAAACUAAAUCCAGAAAAAAAGAAGAAAAAAGAAAAAUUAGCCAUUCCGGAAUCUGAAUUUUUUGAAUGUUUUCAGAAGAUAAAAUAUUGCUUCAAUUUUAUGGCAAAAGUCCAAGACCAGAUGUAUCAGCCAACUGCACCAGAAUUAGUUCACAUAUUGAUGGACAUCCUUCCCACGAUAGUAUCAAAAUGUCCAGGAAAGAACACUUCCAGCUCCGUGCUGUCUCCUUUUCUUACACAAAGAGCAAUACUGCUUUUGAGCUCAUGUGUUACAGAUAAAGAGAGGAAAUUGUGGGAGAGUUUAGGGGACUCAUGGUUAAGAACAAGAGAAGACUGGCCAAAUGGAAAGAAUGUUCCCCCAUAUGUACCAAUUUUCUCUGAUGGGUGGGUUCCUCCAGCAACCAUAUCCAGUAAUGGACAAACAGAGAUUCAAAGUAGCAAAACACCACCCAUCAAUCGACACUUCCAGCCAGAUCAAACGAAAGUUGCUUAUGAUUUUGAAGCCAGAAAUCAACAGGAACUUACAGUGAUUAAAGGCGAGAGUGUAAAGGUUCUAGAUCAGAGUCGGCAAUGGUGGAUGGUUGAAAAUGCUCAGGGACAAAGAGGAUUUGUACCAAACAACAUAUUGGAGAGUACAAAUUAUAACCAGCAGGUUCGAAUACAAACAGUAACCCUGCAGCAAAGCUCUACGCCAGAGGAAGUGACUGAAUGGCUACAAAGUAAAGGUUUUUCAAGGAUCACAGUAAAGUGCCUUGGUGUUCUAACAGGGGAUCAACUAUUGGAAUUAAGUCGCGAAGACCUGAAAAUGGUUUGUCCUGAAGAGGGUGGUCGGGUAUAUUCUCAACUCAAUGAGUUCAAGCUGUCUUAAUGAUAUAAAAGCUCAUGAAGCAUGGAGUGACCCAGGAAGCUUCUACUAGACGUAUCUAAUGGAAGUCAAGUUAAUUCCAUAUAAGCACAAUGUUCUAUUGAAGCUAUCCAUGAUUAUAGUAAUUGAUUUCUGAUUAGCAUUUACAAUUUAAUUUAAAUAAAUUAUCUAUAACUACCUUGAAGUGAUAAUUUUGGAAAGUGCACAAAUCUACUUGCAAAGUCCUAAAGCCUUGAAAGGGUUUUCCUCACAUUGUACAGUGAACUGUGCUGGAAGCCCUACACCAUCCAUUAUAUAGUGGUAGUGCUGGGUAAAUGCAACUUCAAUUCACUUUGAUGGUAGCUGGGAAGAGGUGAGUCUUUAAAGGGUACUCCGCUGGAAAACAUUUUCUUUUAAAUCAACUGGUGCCAGAAAGUUAAAAAGAUAUGUAAAUUACAUCAGCAAAAAGAGUCGGACACUGACACCACUGUCUCUAUAUUUAGAUACUUGGAGAACCACACGAUCAGGUAAAAGGCUUAAAUGGCUUGUGCAUAACACUAUGAGGGUGCUCACAUAUAGAAAUAUAGUUCAUAUCAUUCUUCAAGAGAGAAAAUGCAGGAAAAAAA